AUUGAAGAUCAGGGUUCAUACUUUACAGCAUCAUUCUCAUGACGAUUUUCAAGCACAACGGAAGUGCCGUAGUAGCCAUGGUUGGCAAGAAUUGCUUCGCCAUUGCCAGCGAUCGAAGACUCGGUGUUCAGCUUCAAACCAUAGCUACCGAUUUCCAAAGAAUUUCCAAAAUUCAUGAUAAACUCUACAUCGGUCUUUCUGGACUCGCCACCGAUUCUCAAACACUGUAUCAGCGUCUUGUGUUUCGGCACAAACUGUAUCAGCUUCGUGAAGAACUUGAUAUGAAACCGGAGACUUUUGCUAGUUUGGUCUCUGCUAUGCAAUACGAGAAACGGUUCGGUCCAUACUUUUGCCAGCCUGUAAUUGCUGGAUUAGGGGAUGAUGACAAACCAUUCAUUUGCACAAUGGACGCGAUUGGAGCAAAAGAACUUGCAAAAGACUUUGUUGUUGCUGGAACUGCGUCCGAGUCUCUGUAUGGUGCUUGUGAAUCGAUGUUUAAGCCUGACAUGGAAGCUGAGGAAUUGUUUGAGACCAUCUCCCAAGCACUGUUAUCAUCUGUCGACCGUGACUGUCUUAGUGGCUGGGGUGGACAUGUCUAUGUUGUCACUCCAACAGAAGUAAAGGAAAGGAUUUUGAAGGGAAGAAUGGAUUAAGUUUUAAGCCAUCUGGUCAAGUAUUUCAUGUUCACUAUGGAUAGUGAUAAAUAUUUGGUUGUUUCUAGGGUGAGGGCUCUAGCAAGUCCCUCACCAAUGGACCACUUUGAAUUACAAUUAGGAGCCACUUGAUUAAUUGAGUGUACGGAUCUAAUUAUACAUUGUACACAUUAGAUCACACAUCUUUUUUUAACUUCUCUUCUAGCUCAUCAAAAAAAAAAAAACUUACCCUCUCUCCCAAACCGCCAUACCCAUCGUCACAGAUUCCUUCCCUCCUCCUUUUGUCACACAUUUAUAUUUUAUGUGAUCGUAUGCUGACGUUUCCUACUUGGGUUUCAUUACAUUAUGCCUCUUGAUUUCUUUAUUUAAUUGUAUAUUCAAAAUGAUGCAAAUGGGUUCUUUAUA